GAUAUCGUUUUCCUGUCAUCUGCAUUUUUCUCAACAUAUUCUGCGACCCCCUGCUAUUGUUUCCCCAGGUUGCGGUCGCACCGCUCGGUGCUGGGUUGUCUUUUCUUUUUGGAUAGGCGGCGCCUACGACGACGUUACGAUCGCUACACUCAUCACGAUUCGCACUAACAUCAUCUGUAUCCGGAGGUUGGAGGUUGGACGGUAUAACAGCAUAUAAUAGACGUCAUUUUCGUUGAAUGACACUAGACACGUACCCGCGGUGAAUCUUCGGAGCCUCGGGUGGCCAUUUCUUCUGGACUUGAGGGACACGUUAAGGCCAGCCAGCAAAACAGCAGAUGCGCUCAGUCACGCGCUGGAGUAUGUAUGCGCGUUCUGACGCGUCUGGUCACACAUGCGUCAUUCGUGGCAUUCCACCCCCGUCUCCGCCGUACGGUAUAGCAGGAUUCGUUUUCGACUGUCCGCUUCUACUCCAACGCCGCACAGAUGAUCCUGCUACGCCGUCUCUGUAUAGGACGUCUGUCAGCCGUGCUGCUCUGUCAGAUCGAAAGGAAGAUGGUGAAGAGAUGCGAGCGGCAUAUGACGAGGUAGUGGCGGCUGGGAUAUGGUCAUUGCCGCGCCAUAGAUGUCGAGCUGCAUGUAUUUACGGGUGAACGGCAGGAGGCGAGAAGGGACGUGGUACCAGUGCAC